UCUGCUGGACGGGGAUAUUUCUCCUCGUCGACGAGACUGUCAGAUCCUACCUGCACGUCCAGCCAUCUGGUUCGAUUAUUUUCCCUGCUCGGGAUCGUUUAGUGCGCCUGCGUCAGUCCUGUUGACAUCAGUGAAGCUGCUGCUCCGCGACGCUUCAUCGGUUCUGCGAAAUCUUGAGGGUGUUUGUAGGGAGAGGCACAGACUUUUAUCGCAGUCCUUGAUGCUGGCUCUGUCCAGAUGUCCGACGGCUUUGAGGUGGAGGCUUCCCCUGCGCUGCUCUGCCCUCCCUGUGGGGAGCUCUGCCCCGAGCAGCCAGCCCUCCACCACAGCCAGACCCCACUUUCUAGCAGCGCAGACCGCUCUCUUUCACCAAAGUAAAACCAAUGCAAGUCCUGAUCCAAACAAGAUCUCUUCAGUGUCGUCCGUCGGGUCUGGGCUGGACGGGGACCUGUUAGAGAUGGGGAUGUGGUCGCUAGGUCUGGGAGCUGUGGGAGCAGCUUUAGCUGGGAUUUUCUUGGCCAACACUGAUCUGUGUCUUCCUAAAGCUGCCAGUGCAUCAAUGGAAUACCUUGAAGAUGCUGACCUGCGUUCCAUAGAGGAUGAAAAAGUAAUCAAAGCAAAGAGCCUGUGGGAGAGGAACGGGGCUGUGGUCAUGGCUGUACGGCGCCCUGGAUGAUUUUUGUGCAGAGAGGAGGCCUCUGAGCUGUCCUCUCUGAAGCCCCAGCUGGAAGAGCUCGGGGUCCCUCUAGUGGCAGUGGUGAAAGAGAACAUUGGCACAGAGAUCCAGGACUUCAGGCCGCACUUUGCUGGGGACAUCUAUAUAGAUGAUCAGAAAUGUUUUUACGGCCCACUGCAGAGAAAGAUGGGAGGUCUGGGGUUUAUUCGACUCGGAGUGUGGCAGAACUUCAUUCGAGCCUGGAGGUCUGGUUACCAGGGUAACAUGAACGGAGAGGGCUUCAUCCUGGGCGGAGUGUAUGUCAUCGGCGCAGGAGACCAGGGAAUCCUCCUGGAACACCGGGAGAAGCAGUUUGGUGACAAGGUGGAAAUGGGAGACGUUCUAGAGGCUGUAAAGAAAAUUGUGCCACUGAAGUAAUUCUUGUCGAAACAGACAGGUACACACUGGAAUAAAUCAAAAGAAAAGUAACAAAUAAUGAACACUUUCAGUUUACAUGUCAGAUUGUAGUCAUAGUAUUUGCAGUGUCCAAUAUGAUCGGACUGUGUUUUGCGCAAUAAUCUUCCCAUUGGGUAUGUAAACCAAGCUGUGAAAUCUAGGACAGACAUACCUCUAUACCUCUGCAAACAACCCCAUGCUUGAUCUUUUUUUUGUGGGGGGGCAUUAAGAUAUGAGAGAUUUAAUUGCAUCAUUUUCAUUCAGGUACAAGAAUCUUUUAACUUAGGGUCACUUUAAGUCCGUCCUUUAAAGAACCACUUGCUAUGAUCUAUAGAGUAGAAUUCACACUUGAUUAUUCAUAUAAUUUGGUUAUAGUGGCACAUUUUUAGCAGCUUCAUUUGCUUGUCGUGAUCCGGCAUCUGAAUGGCCUCUGACAUGAAAGACAGGAGUGUGUGUCCUGUGUGUGUGAUAAUGACAACUUGACUCUAAACUCACCCCUGAGAGGAGCAGGUUUGAUGCCGAAACACACUCAGGUUCAGCUACUGUCCUCAUGCUGAAGAAUGUUUAUGGUGCUUGGGGCAGGUUUUGUUGCUCGAGUUUGUGUAAAAUGGUGUAACAUACAUCUAUUCACACAUGUGCAGUGAAUAAAUAUAAAGAUAUAUCAUCAUUAUAA